AUGGCGACUUUGACGUCACCGUGUCUCGCGCAUCGCUCCGGACUCGCAGACACAAUGUCGGAGGACGACACGGGACCGUCGGAGGCGGUUUUCACUCAGCUCCAAGCAGGAGACCUGUAUGGCGACACAGGUUCCUCUGGGCCUGAGGAUAUCUUCGAGGAGGACUCGUACUCGCCGUUCUCCCUCUCCUCGUCCUCCUCGGCCUCCGUCCACACCGCGGGCGCCCUGCAGGAGAACGUCCUGUGCACGUCCUGCGGCCAUGACAUAGUGGACCGGUACCUCCUCAAGGUGAACGAUCUGUGCUGGCACGUGCGCUGCCUCUCCUGCAGUGUGUGUAACACGUCGCUGGGGCGUCACGUGAGCUGCUACAUCAAGGACAAAGAGGUGUUCUGCAAACUGGACUACUUCAGGAGGUACGGGACCCGCUGCACCCGCUGCGGUCGCAACAUCCACUCCAGCGACUGGGUGCGUCGGGCCCGAGGCAGCACCUUCCACCUGGCCUGCUUCUCCUGCAACUCCUGCCGGCGCCAGCUGUCCACCGGGGAGGAGUGCGGCCUGCUGGAGAACCGGCUGUUCUGCCGGCCGCACUACGACCUCAUGAUGGAGAACGUCAUGCGCGUGAAAGUAAACGAGCAAUCCACAGCACAGGAGGAGGAGGAGGAGGUAGAGAAGGAAAAGAUCAGCACCACGACCAGACCUGCGAAGAGGGCCAGAACCAGCUUCACCGUGGACCAGACACAGGUGAUGCAAAUCCAGUUUACUAAAGACAACAACCCCGACGCCCAGAAUCUGCAGAAGCUGGCAGAGAGGACCGGCCUCAGCCGCCGGGUCAUCCAGGUUUGGUUUCAGAACUGUCGAGCUCGUCAAAAGAAAUACGUCGGCCCACAUUCUGGCUCCUCCCUGAUGACGUCGUUUGCUCCUAAUCAGCUGGCGCCGCCGCCGCUGAUGGAGGACCUGCAAUACACCACCUAUAUUUCCCCUGACGCGCCCCUCCUGGCCACUCUGACGUAUAUGGAUGUGCAAAAUCCGGACCAACUGUUGCUCCAGCCGCUCGUCUCCCAUUCGCUGACGCAGCUGCCGGUCAGCCACGCCUGAGCUCCCGCCGCCGCUCGACAACCGAGACGACAAAGUGUCCCGAGGUCACCGCAGCAGUUAAAUCGAUGAGUUAAAUGUUCACAGCCGAGCGGACGCUGAACCGACGAUGACGACGGCGUGAAUGGAACUUUUGUUAAUAUGUAUAUGAUGUGCAUUCCUUUGUGUUUAAUUUAUUUGGAGAAAAUGAUGAUAUGGCACUUUUGUCGGAGAAAAGAUGUAAAAAAA